AUGGCUCUGCUGCUGCUGAGCCUGGGGCUCGGCCUCAUCUCGGCCCAGGAGUUCAACCCCCACACGGUUGUGCAGAGGAACUACAACAUGGCCAGGGUUUCAGGGGUCUGGUAUUCUAUUUUCAUGGCCUCAGAUGACCUGAAUCGGAUUAAAGAUGACGGGGACCUGAGGGUCUUCGUCCGGAAUAUUGAACACUUGAAGAAUGGCAGCCUCAGAUUUGAUUUCCAAUGCAUGGUGCAGGGGGAAUGCGUGGCCGUGGUGGUGGUCUGCAAGAAGACAGAGAAGAAUGGGGAAUACUCCAUCAACUACGAGGGCGAGAACACCGUGGCGGUCUCGGAGACUGACUACAAUGUGUUCGUCACCUUCCACCUCCAGAACUUCAGGAACGGGAGUGAGACCAACGUGCUGGCGCUCUACGCACGGGUCCCACAACUGGAACCCUCCUUCCUGAGCAGAUUUGAGGAAACCUGCAGAAAGUACGGACUUGGCUCACAAAAUAUUGUCGACUUGACCAACCAAGAUCCCUGCUACUCCAAGCGCUAGAGGAGCCCACCCAGGAGGCCCAGGAGGACCAUGUG